ACACACACACACACACACACACACACACACACACACAUGGGCUCCUGUGACAGAACCAGCAGUAGCUGUGCGGCCGAGUGCAGGGGUCUUCCUCUUUCUCCUCCUCCUCCUCUUCCUCCUGCUCCUCGUUAGCCCGAGCGUGCAGACCCAGAUCCAGACCCAGAGCAUGGAUUCGCGGCCGAGCCGGCUGGUGCCCCUGGUAGCACCAGCCCUUGCGGCCCCGGUGGGACCCCCCAUCUUCAGCACGGUCCAGCAGCAGGACUACACGGCCAGCGUGUGGCUCAGCAGGAGGGAGAAACUCGAGCACUCUCAGCAGAAAUGCAUAGUGAUCUUUGCACUGGUGUGCUGCUUCGCGGUGCUGGUGGCCCUCAUAUUCUCAGCGGUGGACGUGUGGGGAGAAGAUGAGGACGGUAUCACCGAGGAGAACUGUAGCAAAACCUGCCGAAUGAUUAUUGUGGAGAAUAUUCCAGAAAAUGUAUCUCUGCCUCACAAUGGAACCACCUCGCUCACCUCUGGACUGCACAGCCUGUUGGACCUUGCGCGGCGAUACGUGGAGAUCGUUUCACCUCACUGGACACUGAACUCCACUGACUACGAGGCCAGCAUCCCUACAGCAAAGCAGGGCCGGUUAUUACUCCAUAGAUUGAUGGACCUCAAGUCCCAAAAAGUCAAUCUGAAAGUGGUCAGUGGUUUGACAGACUCCAAAGAGCUUAAGAUCCUUUCUCGUCAUGGUGCAGAUAUUCAUUAUCUAAAUAUGACAACCCUGACAAAUGGUCAGAUGCUCUCGUCCUUCUGGGUGGUCGACAACAAGCACAUAUACAUCGGUAGUGCCGGCAUGGACUGGAGAGCGCUGUCUACGUUGAAGGAGUUGGGCGUCAUUCUCUAUGAGUGCAGUUGCCUGGCUCUGGAUCUGCGCAGGCUGUUUAGCCUCUAUCGGCAGCUGCAGUACAAGGACUUCAUUCCCUCCAUCUGGUCCAAAAGGGUCUACGGACUAUACAACAAGAAAAGACCCCUUAAACUCGUUCUGAAUGACGUGAAUGCAGAGGGCUAUCCAUCUAAUUCUCCAGAUGUCUUAUGUCCCAAAGACCGAGUCCGGGACAUUGAUGCCAUCUUUAAUGUGAUUGAGGAUGCAAAUAAGUUCAUAUAUAUCUCUGUCACUGACUACCUGCCUCUCGUCAGCAAUGGGCUGAACAGAUACUGGUCGGCGAUUGACGGAAAGCUACGUGAAGCUGUGCUACUGAGGAACAUCAAAGUGCGUCUGCUCGUGAGCUGCUGGGAGCAGACGCACCCCCUGACUUUUAAUUUCAUGUGGUCUCUUAAGAGCCUGUGCAUGGACAUGGCCAACUGCUCUCUGGAGGCGAAGUUCUUCAUUCCCCGCGAGCUAGACGGCAUGAUCGAGGGAAUCAACCACAACAGAUAUAUGGUCACGGAUAAUGCUAUAUACAUAGGGAAUUUUGGCUGGGUGGGAAAUGAGUUUGUGUACAACGCCGGAGCCGGUUUGGUAAUCUCCCAGGAGAGGAAGGAUCCAGAGGACCAAAACAUCACCAUGGUGCAGCAGAUGAGUGCAGUGUUUGAAAGAGACUGGCACUCUCGCUACUCUAAAACUCUGCAGCUCAACAAGAUCCCCGUCUGCAACAAGCACACAGUCCUUCCUCAGUCGCUCAAGGCAUGGGACGAGAGUGUUGACAACACAGACAGCCCGAAUGCCUCUUUGUGAGUAAAGACCAGCAGGGCGAGAGGAAUGUAUAUGGAUACUCCUUUUUAACCUGUAAAUGUUGCACAGACUCUUUUAUCAGUGCCACUUCUGGCACUUGCUGCUUACAUUGUGCACUUUUAAGUGGGAAGAAUUAACAGUCUUCUAUAGACCCUUUCAAUCUGUUCCUAGAGAGUUUCCGGUUUAAACGUUCAAAAUUAACACAGAUUCUUUGAAAUUAAAAUGACUAUGACUUUAGCGUAAUGCUCCACAAAAUGUCGACUUUAAAACUUUUUUUUUGUCACCAAGUAACAGUUAGCUCAGUGUUGUUUUUUUGUGACACUGGAAAUGCCUUAGGAACACACAUGUAUGUUUCUGCAGUUGAAAGGGUCUAUUAGCUGCAGUGUUUUAUUGCACAGCUUUUUAUUUUAUUUUAUUUUUUUUAAUAUUUAUCGACCAAAGCCUGCCUUUCUGUUUCAACCAGGGGAAUCAGCACUUAUUUGUAUUAUAUGUCUGGACACUAUAUGGGUCAAGCCAUGGCCAAACAUGGGGCACUAGUUUGUCUGUAAGUACCUGAUCAAACAAAGUGAACAAUGGAAAGAAAUCCCUUUACAAUUACUCAUUGCGUUUAAUUUUUUUUCCUUCAUAAAAACUUUACAAAAUACUUUUGUAAAAUAUGUAUUACAUAAACUUUGCAGACAAAAUGUAUUUUAGGCCACUUAUCGAUCAAGACAAACAAACAAUCUUUUUGAUGCCUGUGCACCUUUCUGCAGCAUGCUUUGCAUUCAGUUGAUGACUUAUUUGAAAUAAACUACAUACGAAUACAUUUUUACUAUAUAGACUAAAAUAAAUGUGUCUGAGGUAGGCAUGUGUACCACAAACAAGUGUAACAUCAUCUUCUUCCCUUAUACAGUUUACAUGAGCAAAAAAUAUCUGUUUUAUAUAACAGGACUGUUUUUUUUAUACUUGCACAAUCAGCCAAAAUGAAGUUAUAUGGUGGUAGUUAUGAUUAUUUUAUACACAAUCUUCUGUCAAACCAAAAAUCUUUCACAUUUGAAUGUAUGUAUCAAUGUUUUGACUUUCCGUAUGUGAUCUACAAUGUCAACAUUUCAAAUGCUUCAUAUUAAAAUAUCCUGUUUACGGUUGCAAACAUAGGCUAACUAGGUCCCUCGUUUAAACACAAAUCAUACAGGAGUUUUUUUUUUUUAAACGGUAAAAAUAGUAAAUAUAUUUAUAUGCAGAGCACGAAAAUUAGGUUGUUGCAGAACAAUUUGUACACCGGACUGGAUGUGUCCUAGAAAAUGGACAUAUCAGAAUCUACUUUCAGUGUCCACCAAAGGGCAUCCCCAGCAGUUCAAUGAAUCACUGCUAGUAAAUCCAUCACGAUAUAGUAAAACUCCUUGCACUAGUAGAUAUUAGACACACAAAGGCCUAGCUAGUUAUCUGCACCCAGUUGACCCUGCCCAAAAAAAAAUAUAUUGGACAGUGAUUGGACCUCAUUUAAGUUUCCAUGACCCAAAUCCAAAAGAUUAAUUAGUCAUUUUGCCUUGAGCAACUAAUACAUAUGAAAAUAAAUGAAAUGUACUGAUUUUACAAUGGUUGACAGGGCGUGGCUUCAUGGACGGAUUAUGAACUUUCGGGCCCCUGGGCCCAGAUGUAUUAAGGGUCCCCCACUUAUUAAUUGUAUGUUUUACAGUUUUUAUGACCAAAUUUAACAGGAUCACUGCAAACAUGGAAUUUUAGUAGCCUAUUAAAAUACAAAAUGCAUUCUGUCAGAGAUGUACUUGUGUUCCUCAUACACAUUCACUUGGUUUUCAAAAGUAUUCAACGUUCAUAACAUUCAGGGCUGGGAUAAUUGGAUUUUAUAUACAUUUCUAGAAUCCUUCAAAAAAAGUUGUGAAGACACUUUUUUUACUCACUCAACUUUUCUAAAGUUGCCACCCCCUUUUUUCAGCUAUGCUUAUGCUCUUUUUAAAAAUGGCAUACAACCAUAAUUUCAAACAUUUCGCUGCAUUUUCUUUGAGUUAACUGAAGACAUAAAGGUCUUAGAGUCUUAGUUACAGGUUAACCCCCCACUUGCCAUUUUAAACCAAAGAUGCACUACUGCCAUCUAGUGUGCAAACAAUCUGAUCAAACACAAUAUAAUGAAUGAUACACAUACAGCAGUCCUGCAUUUUGUGUAGCCUAAGUUUAGUUCAACUACUAACUAAGCUCCAACUCAAAAUGUUUAAUUUAUGUAACUUAUCAAACUUUGUUCCAGCUGUACACUGACACUGUAUUGAUUUAUCAGGUAUAAACUUGAUUUCUUCCCUUUAGGCCAAGGCUAUGAAGAGAUAUUUUUUGUUGACAAACCACAUUGGAGGAAAGGGUAUAGGCUUGAGUGGAAGAAUGUUGCACUGGAUUGUGGGAACUGUAAAAUAUUGUGUAAAAGAACAGGAGUUUGCUUAUAACUCUUUUGCUCUAUUUUAGCAUGCAGCUUUUGCAUGCUCUGCUUUCGUAACAGAAUAUGUCAAAUGCAAUUGAAUGCAUAGGCUAUUUAUUGUCAAACACACUAAUGCAUCCAUACUCUUGGAUUUGUAUUAAUAAAGAA